AUGAAUGAUCUCGUGGGGCUAAUACCCCAAUCUAACCAGUUCUCCACCUUUGAUAAUGAUUCAUACAUGGGAAACUUGAGAUUGUGUGGAGUUCCAUUGACUAGAAAAUGCAAUGAGGAGAAGGGCCACUGGAUGCAGCCAGAAGAAGACGACGAUGACUAUGGAUUUGGUUGGAGAAGUGUGGUGAUGGGAUAUGGAAGUGGAUUCAUGGCUGGAAUUGGAAUUGAAUUCCAGAGCAAGCAACUCCAAAUUGCACCAUUAUCUGCACAUGCAUUAGAGGUGCCUAAAUCUGAAGGGGACACUUGGGAUUUGAUAGGUCGGCUACCAAAGGACAUUUGCAGUCACAAUAACCUUCAAAGACUCAAACUACUUGACUUGUCGUCUAACAAAUUGCAAGGAGAUAUACCGUCAAGUUUGUACCAAUGUCCACAACUUGAAACUAUCGACUUGUCAUUCAACAGCUUUGGUGGAUAUGUGCCUGCACAAAUUUCGAAUAUCACACUGCUUAAGGAAUUAGACCUUGGUGUGAACAAUUUGAGAGAUUUUGGGGUAAAUGGCAAAGCUACGGCUCUUGCGUCUAAUGAUAUUCUGCAGUACAUAUUUUUUUUUGCGUACGGAUGGUGUAUUUUAUACCAUAAUACUUUAUCAGGCCGCCUACCAAAAGACAUUUGCUCAAAUAAUAACCUUCAACGACUCAAACUACUUAACCUAUGGGCGAACGAAUUGGAGGGAGAUAUACCAUUGAGUUUGGGUCAAUGUACACAACUUGAGAGUAUUGACUUGUCAUCCAACAACUUUGGUGGAAAUGUCCCUCGAGAAAUUGGGAACAUCACACAGCUUAAGGAAUUACGCCUUAGGUGGAACAAUUUGAAAGGUGCUAUUCCAAAAGAGAUUGUCUAUCUUAAUAAUUUAGAGAUAUUAGACAUGAGUGGCAACAAUCUUAGUGGACCAUUUCCACGACAAAUUUUGAACAUCACAAGUCUCCGUCAACUAUACCUCAGCAGCACCUCUUUAAAUGGUAUGUCUGCACUACUCUUCAAGCCAAAACUUUAGUGAAAGAGUUUGGUAUAUCGUAACUAACCAUGAGAAUUGGAAAUAAUAUGUGAUACACAUUUAGUCUUAUGCUUAAGUCAAAGUCUAUUGCCCGUCGUGUAAGAGAUGAAUAUUAUAUUUCCCUUUCAAUCGAUUUUUGAAAAUCUUCACGUCCAAGGAAAAUAAUUGAAAGCAAUUUUCCAUAUAGAAGAUGUCAUUGGGCUCUCCAAUAAUUUUUUUAUAGUUACGAAAUUUAAUUAUUCAUAUGUCACUCCAUGAGCCUAAGAGAUCCAAUUACUUAUUGCAAGAUAUAUCACC